CCACAUGCUUGUUGUGAGCUGAGCUACCGGCGUGAGUGCGCAGUAUAUAUAUAUAUAUAUUUAUAUAGGAUAAUACAAAAUGGGUCUUGUUAGCUUGGAAAAAAUUGUUGCACUACAAAAGAAGAUUGCUAACAUACGGAAUAUUUGUAUUUUAGCCCACGUGGACCAUGGGAAAACUACUUUAGCUGAUUGCCUCAUAUCUUGCAAUGGGAUCAUCUCCAGUCGUCUGGCAGGGAAGUUACGUUAUAUGGACAGUCGGGAAGAUGAGCAAAUUCGUGGAAUCACCAUGAAAUCCAGUGCUAUUUCACUGCAUUAUAAAGAUGGUGAUGAAGAAUAUCUUAUAAAUCUCAUUGAUUCUCCGGGACAUGUUGAUUUCUCUUCAGAAGUCUCAACAGCUGUCCGUCUGUGUGAUGGGUCAAUCAUUGUUGUUGAUGCUGUAGAAGGAGUCUGCCCUCAGACGCAAGCAGUGUUACGACAAGCAUGGCUUGAAAAUAUCCGUCCUGUUCUCGUGAUCAAUAAAAUCGAUAGGUUAAUCGUUGAACUGAAACUGUCAUCGCAAGAAGCAUUUACUCAUUUGCAGAAAAUCUUAGAACAGGUGAAUGCUCUCACCGGGGCACUUUUUGCUUCCAAAGUCCUCGAAGAAAGAGCUGAGAAAGAUAUAAUUGAAGCAAAUCAAGAAAGCGUGGACAAAGACCAAGUGUAUACUGACUGGAGUGCUGGUUUGGAGAAGACUGAUGAUUCCCACCUUUACUUCUCACCGGACCAGAGCAAUGUUGUAUUUGCCAGUGCCAUAGAUGGUUGGGGCUUUACUAUAGAUCACUUUGCCCAGCUGUACAGCCAGAAGGUUGGUAUCAAGGCUGCUGUGCUUCUGAAGACUCUCUGGGGUGAUUACUACCUGAAUACAAAAGCUAAGAAGAUCAUGAAAGGUGCACAGAACAAAGGAAAGAAACCUUUAUUUGUGCAGCUUAUCUUGGAUAACAUAUGGAGUCUCUAUGAUGCAGUCAUGAAUAGAGAAAAGGAAAAAAUAGACAAAAUAGUCUCAUCCUUGGGAUUACAAAUUGGGCCACGAGAAUCCCGCCAUUCAGAUCCAAAAGUACAUGUGAAUGCAAUUUGCAGCAAGUGGCUUCCCAUAUCAGACGCUGUUCUUUGCAUGGUGUGUAGAAAGCUCCCCAGUCCUUUGGAAGUUCCUGCUGAAAGAGUAGAGAAACUCAUGUGUGUUGGUUCCAGACGGUUUGACUCGCUGCCACCACAAUCCCAACAGCUGAAAGAGGCUUUUCUGCAAUGUCGGAGUGAGGAGACUUCACCAGUCAUUAUUUUUGUUUCCAAAAUGUUUGCGGUUGAUCCAAAAUUCCUGCCCCAAAACAAGCAGCGGCCAUUAACUCAGGAAGAAAUUGGAUUAAGACGGGAGCUUGCAAGACAGAGGCAUGCUGAAAAGAUGGCAAUCAAUCAGGGGCAACAACCGGCGGAGCAGGCUCACUCCAGCAAUGAAUGUGAAGUAAUUGGAAACAAUGAAAAUAUAAAAGGAGAACAGCAUUCAACCCCUGGGACAGAGAAUUUGCCUCAGAAACCGGAGAAACCAGAUGGCGACAAAAGUACCUUUAUUGCGUUUGCACGAGUAUUUAGUGGUGUGGUGCGCAAAGGACAAAAAAUUUUUUUUUUGGGACCAAAAUAUGACCCACCAGAAGCACUGUCAAAGUUACCGGCUAACUGUGCCCCAGGAGAUGACCUCCCAGCCAUCCCUCACAUGGCUUGCUGCACAAUAGACAAUCUGUAUCUUCUCAUGGGCCGGGAAUUAGAAGAAUUGGAUGAAGUACCCGCAGGCAAUGUUCUAGGUAUCAGAGGUUUAGAGGACUAUGUUCUCAAGUCGGGAACAUUGUCUACAUCACCAGCUUGUCCACCUUUUAUCCCUCUGAACUUUGAAGCAACACCUAUUGUCCGAGUUGCUGUUGAGCCAAAGCAUCCAAGUGAAAUGCCACAGCUGGUCAGAGGAAUGAAACUUUUAAACCAGGCCGACCCCUGCGUGGAGGUGUUAAUACAGGAGUCAGGGGAGCAUGUUCUCGUCACUGCCGGAGAGGUGCACUUACAGCGUUGCCUGGAUGACCUAAAAAAUAGGUUUGCGAAGAUUCAGAUCAAUGCCUCCGAUCCUAUUAUCCCAUUUAGAGAAACCAUAAUAAGACCUCCCAAAUUUGACAUGGUGAAUGAAGACAUGGGAAAACAGCAUAAAGUUGCAGUCAUACACCAGGUAAAAGAAGAGCAAAGUAAAUCUCCUGGAGGAGUCCAGAUUGAACCUGAUGGUCUAGUAACCCUCACCACACCAAAUAAGUUGGCCACAAUAAGCGUGAGAGCUAUGCCACUUCCUGACGAAGUAACUUGUUUGAUAGAGGAGAACAGUGACUUGAUUCGAACUAUGGAACAAAUUAACCUGGCUCUGAAUGAGGAUUCAAGCACUAUUGAAGUUAACGAUGUGACUCUAGGUAGGAUCCAUGAAUUUAAAAGUAGACUUGAGCAACACCUGCAAGGAAGGAAGUGGCGAAACGCAGUAGAACAUAUAUGGUCCUUUGGUCCGAGACGUUAUGGACCAAAUAUCUUAUUAAAUCGUAUUGAAGAUUAUGAUGGACCAUGUGUCUGGCAAUGCCUUAAGAAUAGAGCCAAAGUAGUUAAAUCUAGGAAUUUUCACAACAGCAUAAUUAGUGGAUUCCAGCUAGUCACUCUUGCUGGUCCUAUGUGUGAAGAACCUCUCAUGGGAGUUUGUUUCAUUGUGGAAAAGAUGGAUAUAUGCAGAUCUGUACUACAAAUGGCCUUUAGAAAACAGGGUUUCGAUGAGAAUGUUGUAAACGAGACAGACCAACUUGGAGUGUCAGACAACAAUGAUUUGGAAAAUUCUGAUGAAGGGAAAGAUCUUGUGCAAAGCAGUCGGGAUGGUGCAAAAGCUUCAGAGAAAUCCAAGUACAAAGGGGAUUCACAUCUCACAGACUGUUAUGGGCCUUUCUCCGGACAAUUGAUUGCAACCAUGAAAGAAGCAUGCCGCUAUGCUUUCCAAGUAAAACCUCAGAGGCUUAUGGCUGCCAUGUAUACGUGUGAGAUUAUGGCUACUGCAGAAGUGCUGGGUCGGUUGUACGGUGUCCUGUCAAAAAGAGAAGGUCGUGUACUGCAGGAGGAGAUGAAAGAAGGGACUGACAUGUUCAUUAUCAAGGCAGUGCUACCGGUGGCCGAAAGCUUCGGCUUUGCUGAUGAAAUAAGGAAGAGGACAAGUGGCCUGGCCAGCCCACAGCUGGUAUUCAGCCACUGGGAGGUUAUGCCAAGCGAUCCUUUUUGGGUACCAACCACAGAGGAAGAAUAUUUGCACUUUGGCGAGAAGGCAGAUUCUGAAAACCAGGCCUGGAAAUACAUGAAUUCAGUAAGGAAACGGAAGGGACUUGUUGUAGAAGAGAAGAUUGUGGAACAUGCAGAAAAACAAAGGACUCUAGGCAAAAACAAGUAAUGAGUCCAAGCAAAAUCCUUCCAAACUCUUCUGGGGAAUCAUUUAAUCUUAUUGAUGGUAUAUUUAAGAGUAUCAGAUUUUAAUAAAACCUGUCUGUUCAAACUAU